AUGGCCGAUCAUGAAGAGUUCAAAAAGAUCCAUUGGCAACUCCGGAAAGUCCUCAGGUUCGGGAGUCAGAGAAGCAUCAUCAUUAUCAUCAUUUGUAGAUCCACGGACAACCCAUAUCUUGGGUCGAGAUUUCAUUAUCCAACGGAGAAUGCAGCAUUAUGCACUCAAAAGUAUAGUCAGAGCGUACCCAGCCACGCGGUUUGCGGGAGGGCCGUCGUGACGAUGGCUAAAGAGCCUCCAGACAGUAGCUUGAAAAGUGUAUUCCAGGAAUAUCGGCGUCCAUUUGGGCUGUCCUUAAAAGGUUUCGAAUCAUCUCGGCCAGGCAUCCACGGAGAACAGAGUCGAAGAAACGCAAGCAAAGCCGAGAAAGAAAAAGUACAGAAGUCAAGGAAUACAUGA